UAGCAAUAUUAACUUUUAUUUAACAAAUAUUUCUUCAUAAAAGUGAAUUAUACUGAUUUCUAAUAAAAAUGGCGACGAAUAAACAGGGAAAUCAACAAAAACGAAAAUUAUUGCAACAAAAGAAUAAUUUAGAUGAAGAAAAUGACAGAAAUGUUAAGAUCGCCAAAACAAAUUUGGACGCACCAAGGCUGUGUCCUUACUUGGACACAAUAAAUCGUCAAUUUCUGGACUUUGAUUUUGAAAAAUUGUGUUCAGUAUCAUUGUCAAGGAUUAAUGUAUAUGCCUGCCUUGUAUGUGGAAAGUAUUUCCAAGGCAGAGGUACCAAUACUCAUGCAUAUACACAUAGUGUAGCAGAAAGUCAUCAUGUAUUUCUUAAUCUUCACACAUUGAAAUUUUAUUGUCUACCUGACAAUUAUGAGAUAAUUGAUUCAUCAUUGGAUGACAUAAAGUAUGUUUUGAAUCCCACAUUUGAUAAAGCACAAAUUGCCCAAUUGGAUAAAAGUGAUAAAUUAUCUAGAGCCAUUGAUGGUUCAUUGUAUUCUCCAGGUAUUGUGGGAAUGAAUAAUAUCAAAGCAAAUGAUUACUGUAAUGUUAUUUUACAAGCACUUUCUCAUGUCACACCUUUAAGAGACUUUUUCUUAAGAGAAUCUAAUUAUUCUCAUGUAAAAAGACCACCAGGUGAUUCUUCUUAUCUAUUAGUUCAACGUUUUGGAGAAUUAAUGAGGAAACUAUGGAAUCCACGUAAUUUUAAAGCUCAUGUUAGUCCACACGAAAUGUUGCAAGCUGUUGUAUUAUGGAGCAAAAAGAGAUUUCAAUUUACAGAACAGGGUGAUCCAAUUGACUUUUUGUCAUGGUUUAUGAAUGCUCUUCAUUUAGCAUUAAACGGUACCAAAAAGCGUGAUUCUAGUAUAGUGUACAAAACAUUCUUGGGUCAUAUGCGUAUAUACACACGAAAAAUACCACCUCUUGAAUUAGACGAAAGUCAAAGAAGUGAACUACUUCAUACUGUAGAAUACGGUGAAACUGUAACAGAAAGUCCAUUUUUGUACCUAACAUGUGAUCUUCCUCCACCACCUCUUUUUAAGGACCAGUUUACUGAAAAUAUUAUCCCUCAAGUUAACUUGUAUACAUUGUUGAAUAAAUUUAAUGCUGUAACCGAGAAAGAAUACAAAACUUAUAAGGAGAAUUUUAUGAAAAGAUUUGAAAUAACAGAACUUCCACCUUAUCUUAUACUUUAUAUAAAGAGGUUUACAAAGAAUACGUUUUUCGUAGAAAAAAAUCCCACCAUAGUUAACUUCCCGGUUAAAAAUGUAGAUUUUGGUGAUAUUUUAACACCUGAAGUGAAACAAAGACAUCCAUAUACAACAUAUGACCUAGUUGCAAAUAUAGUUCAUGAUGGUGAGCCUGGUCAGGGAACAUAUAGGGUACACAUUUUACACAGAGCUACUGGUCAGUGGUAUGAAAUGCAAGAUUUACAUGUGACUCAAAUUCUACCCCAGAUGAUAACCUUGACCGAAGCAUACAUACAAAUUUAUGAAUUAAAGAAAGAUACACUCUCAGAAAAUGGUGACAAUAAGAGCGAGAAGACAGUAACGUGAUAAAUGUAAUUUUCUAAAUAAAAUAUUUAAAUUUUC